AUGAUGAGCGUCGCCCUGGUAUUGGUCUCCGUGAUCCUGGUUCUUCUCUUGGGCCUGAUGGCCAAAUCGUGGAUCAGGCGAUCCAACUUGCCUGGUCCUCCACUGAUUCCAUUCUUUGGGGUGGCAGCCUUCAUGUGGCAAAUAAAAACAAAAGAUAUCCUACCCUUAUUCAUUGGUUGGUACAAAAAAUAUGGAGAAAUAUUUGAAGUUGAAGUAUUUGGUAUGCCUUAUGUAUUCGUUGCGGAGCCAGAAGUAGUGGAGCCAGUACUAACCAACUCUGUAAAUAUUACUAAAGGUUAUUUCGAGUAUAAAUUCUUCAGACCCAUGUUCAACGAUGGACUUAUAGUUUCUGAUGGUGAUAAGUGGCGUUCCCGCAGGAAAUUACUAACGCCUAGUUUUCACUUUAAGAUUCUGGAAUUAGCUUUAAUAAGUAUAAACCGAAAUGCAAAGGUACAUGUUUCGGAUUUACUUGCCUCUGGGGGGAAACCGAUGGAACUAGAAGAAGCUAUUUUUUUAUCAACACUCAAAUUAAUAUGUGAAACAGCGAUGGGUGUUCAACUUAGUACUAAAAACAAGAAGGAGAAUCAAUACAUAAAAGCUUCGAAAAUUUGUCUUGAUGAAAUAGUGGAGAGAUAUCUUCGGGUAUGGCGUUAUCCUGAAUUUAUGUUUCGCUUUUGUAGCGCUGGCAAACUUUUUUUUAAAAAUGUUGAAAUUACUCACAAUUUUGAUAAGCAGGUAAUUAGACAAAGAAAAGAAUUAUUCCAAGCUGAAAAGAAUGGAUCACAGAAUAACGGAUCAGAAAAAAAUGAUCGAAGAAAAGCAUUCUUGGAUUCAUUAAUUGAGUUAGAAGAUUCCCAUCCAGGUUUGUUCACAGAAUCUGAUAUGAUGGAAGAAGUUGACACUUUCAUGACGGCGGGCCAUCAUACAACUGCUUCAGCUAUGAUGUUUGCAUACCUUUUGCUAGCCAACCAUCCAGAUAUUCAGGAAAAAGUAUAUGAUGAACAAAUAGCAAUAUUUGAAAAUGAUGAAAGAAUGCCAACCAUCCAAGAUCUCAGCAAAAUGGUUUAUUUGGAGAUGGUGAUCAAGGAAACUUUGAGGUUAUAUCCAACAGUACCAUUUACUUCAAGAUUAUUGAAAGAAGAUCUACGUAUAGAUGAAAAUAGAGUCAUUAAAGCUGGUAAAACUGUAGUAGUGUUUACUUAUGGAGUUCAUCAUUCAAAAAAACACUGGGACAAUCCAGAUGAGUUUAUUCCUGAAAGAUUCACUCCAGGAACUAAUAGACAUUCAUUUUCUUACAUACCAUUUUCAGCUGGUCCAAGAAAUUGCAUAGGCCAGAAAUAUGCAAUUUUGGUAUUGAAGACUAUGCUUUCAACGGUAGUGAGGAAGUGCUGGCUAGAGCCUGUUGCUUCAAUGGAUUCACUAGAUUUGGAUUAUGCCAUUACAUUGAAACCUUCUGGAGGUUUAUUGGUCAAAGUUCUUCCUAGAGACAAUACUAAAGCUUCUCUUUCCCAGUGA